CAUGUGGUGGUGAGACAGGGUGUGCUCUGCCAUCCAUGUGAGACGCUGCGGGUGAGCACAAGUGAAGGCAGCAGAAUCCCUGCAGCCUGGGGCCUGCAGCCAAAGCGUUGGGUUUGUCCAUCACUUGUGUGGAGCUGGAGCUGCUCUGAACCCCCAGACGGCUGCAGGGGCUGAUCCUAUCUCAAACAUGAGCACCAUCAGUCUGGAUCUCUAGGGGAGUCAUUGAGGCAAAAUCCUUGCGGCACCGUUAAGAGCUGGUAGUGAUAAAUGAGCCCGAAUUCUGGAUGAGAGCUGGUUUUCUUCAGGAGUCUCAUUUUUCUCCUAAUUUGCUGCAGAUGUUGAACAUCGCCCAAGAGGGCCCUGGUGACAUCACAUCCUCCCCAAAGAGCAGCACAGCCUACCCAAGUCAAGCAAGCAAGAUCAGCUCUGCUCCGCUGCACCAAGGAGAUGACCGAGGCUCCUGCGUUGCUCCUGCUGCUCGCACUGGGGCUCUGCUGCCCUGGGAUCCGUGGCCAGAGGGAUACGAUGAAGAUCCACCCCAUCAGGCAGCCCCAGGUGGGACAGCAGCUGGUGCUGCAGUGUGAGAGCAGCAACAUGGACAGUGGCGUAUUCUGGGUCCAGCAGGACAAGGCUGGGACCCUUCACUUCAUUGUCUUCACCUCUUCCCUUUCCCGGACCACCUUUGGGGGGAAUAGUAUGAGGACAGCCGAACGCUUUGAGGCGUGGAAAGACAUCAGGUUCUACUGGUUGGUAGUGAAGUCUUUCAUGCCACAGGACGAGGGGAACUAUUUCUGCCUCAUGAACACCAACCAAGCCCUUUACUUCAGCCCUGGCCAGCCUGUCUUCCUCCCAGUCACCACCACAGUGGCACCCAAAACCACCCCAGCACCCACCACCCCAGCACCCAACAUCACCGAAAGGGACCCCUGCCUGGAGACCCUGGAUUCAGAGACCAGCGAGGAGAAAGGGCUGGAUUUGCUAUGUGACAUCUUCAUCUGGGUUCCCUUGACAGCCGCCUGCUUCCUGCUCCUGCUCGCCCUGGCAGUCACCAUCAUCCUGUGCCAACGGACCAAGAGACGAAGAUGCAGAUGUAAAAGACCUGCAAACGGGAAGCCCAAUGUGAAACGUGGCACACCAGGACCACAUGCAUGAGCAUCUGCACCAUCUCCUGGAGCUGGCACCGCACAGGCCCAUCACCUGCGUUGUCCACAAUGCUACUCCUCAUGCACUCUACC